AUGGAGGCCACAAUCUCCCAGAAAGCCCGGCACGUUCAGCCUUCCCACCCCGUGGGCCGUAAGAACCUACUGCCGGCCAUCUUGCCCAGCCCGCUGACGAGCGUGUUCACCGUAGUCAGGGGCGCUCCGCCGCUGCCCUCCGCCACCCGCAGCACGGGCUACGGCCACGUCCGGUCGAGAGUGUUCCCUCAGAGGCCCGCCCAGAAGGUGCAGCUCUCCGAGCCAUCGGCAGAAAGGUCGCCGAAGAAGACCGCCAGGGUGAAGAAGGAGGCAUCCACAAACACGACGGAAGUGGCGAGCAAUCAGGCGUCCAGACUGAGGGUGGAAAGGAUUCGGAAGCAAAGGGAGGAAGAGGAGCGUCUUAGGAGGAGGAGAGAAGAGAUCGCGUCCAGGGUUAUGGUAACGGAAGCGACAUCGAGGCAUCACGGUUCAGUACAGAACCUGCGCAGGAUCUCGGAAGAAGAAUCUCUGGAAAGGGCGGCCGCGACCGAUGGGGCUCUGUCGGAGCAGGAAGGAACCACCGCUAGGAAGAAGUAUCGCUCGACGUCUCUCACGAGGGAAGUCACAAGACGAACGGAACGCGAAGUUCGAGCGGGGAAGACGACGACAAGGGCAGUUAAAGAAGUCCCCGCGGUUCGAGGUCCAGCUCCGGAAAGGAAAGUUGACUCUGUGGGCAAGGCCUACACGAAAGCCCGGGAAUCUUCUCAAGCAGCAGCCGACGAUGCCGGCAAGCAGGUGUUUCCUUACUUGAAGAAACACGAAGGGCGCCUCAGUGUGAGUAGAGCGGAUGAAUCGAAGGAACCGGAAAUGCCCAGUCCUACGAGGGCUCGGCAGGCUACAUGGUCGCAAGAAAGGAGAGCCGUGCCUCGCGUGGGCCAGAAGACGACGGAAGUACCGGAAGAACUACGGGAUUUCUCACCCGCAGGGAGGAGACCGGAAGAACCCAUGACUCCAAGGCGGCAACCAUUCUCGAAGGCGAGAGGCGCGGAGGCCACGACACCCAAGCGAAGCUCGGCGCUGUUGCCGUUCUGGGUGCCUCACGACACGAAGCGCACCGACGCGGUGGCCAUCGACGAGCACGAGAAGCAGCAGAUCCGUUCGAGCGUACGCGAAUCGCUGGGCGAGCAACAGGCCGUGCGGUUCAAGGACUGGAUCAAGGCUCGCCAACAGGGAAGCAACGGCACGCCGUUGGCCGAGCGUCGCACUAUCGUCACGGCGGAUGCGGCCACGGAGGCCCUAGCCCGAGAAGUGCGGCUACGCGAGGGCGACUCGAGCGAGACGGACUCGGGUCACGAGGGCGACGGCAUCCUGCCGGACGACCGGAGGGUUGACGAGGUGGUUCUUCUGGAGCGAGUGAGCCGGAGCCUACGGAAGAAUGUGCUCCCGCAAGAUGUGGUCACCAUGCGACUCAAGCCCUCGCCGCCCGCUGCCGUCGCGGCCGCCACGGCAGACCAGAUCGAGGCCAUCACUCGCACCGUGCGCAUGAGCGAGUUCCUUGAGGCCGCCCGGAGGGACAUCGUGGUCAACUGCGUCCAGCUCAGACCGGACAACGUGUCCGAGGGCUCUUCCUCGCAGGAAGAAGUUGCCCCGAGCCCGGCGGCGAGCAGCGGUGACGGCGGCAGCGUGAGCGAUGGCGUCGACGACGACGAUGGGGUGCUCGAGUUCGAAAUACGCCACGGUCGCGAGAAGAACGUCUUCUGGCUACCCACGAACAAGAUCAGGGACAACAAGAAGUGGCAGGUGACAUUCAUCGUCGCCAGGACUGACGCCGAGUAG